CUACUGGAAGGACGGAGCAAGGAGGAAAUAACGAACUGUUUUUCUCGGUAGUUACCACCGAGUUGUUAGCUACCGUGUGUGAGUUUGGUUAAAUAUCAUCAGCUGACUAAAGGUAGCGUCGACACGGUGGUGUUGUCUUUGCUUUGACCGGGCGGCAGGAGCAGCACGGCCGGACUUUACAUUAGCUUCUCGCUUUGUUAGCCACUGGACUCCGGAAAGAGCACAUAAAGUUAGUUAGCUGGCGUCGCUACGUGGUGUUUCCUAGCCGUGCAUUUAAUGCUAGGCUACGUAGCUAGCUAAAGCCCGCACAGCUAGGCUAGCACUGUACAACUUUUUGAGGUAGUUCAAAAUGCUUGUUGAUUGAGGUUGAACAGGAAACCAUUUCCUAAUCCAGGCUAUCGUCGUCGGCUAACGCUAGCUCCCUGUCUGGAAACACCGGUUUCUCCACAGACUUUGGUCAAGUCAUGGCAGAUGAAAACACACAGUUCUGUGGCAACUGCAAACAUGACAUUCCAGAGGCUAAUUUUACGACCCAUGAGAUCCACUGCAGAAGAAACAUUGCGCUGUGCGAUGUGUGCCAGGAACCAGUGCCCCGGGCAGACCUUCAGGACCACAAGCAGCAGGAGCACACACAGAUUACAUGCAAGUGUGGCUUGAAGAUCGAAAAGAAUCACAUUGAAGCUCACCAGAGCUCUGAAUGCUCUCAGCGGCUGGUCCCGUGCCAGUACUGUGAACUAGAGCUUGUUUUCAGUCAGUCAAAAGAGCAUGAGGACUAUUGUGGCACACGCACUGAGCCUUGUCCUCACUGCAAGUGCAAUGUAAUGCUGAGGGAACAAGCUGUGCAUCCAGUCUUAUGUGGAAGCCUCACGCCACCCCAAGAGAGGAACAACAGCAGGAUGAGCCGCAGUCCAGUGGAACAGUCUCCGGGUCAAUGGUUUGAAGCCCACUCCAUCCGAAACCUCCUAAGAGCCCAAGAAAGAGGCCCCAAGAACAACAACAUCAGUGCAGCAGAGCAUCAGUCAUUUCCUCGCCCAUUUGAUCCCCCAGUUUAUAACGCUUCAAGGGCACCUCAGGCCUCAGGAGACUGGAAGAAUCCUGCACCACAGAAUACACCAUUUAGCCGCUUGCUGGGGCAGAGUGAUUUCCAGCACAGCAGCAGCAGCAGCAUGUGGCCACGCAGCGAGCACACACUGGAUGAGGACUCGUCGGGCCUCGACUACAUGUUGGCUCUCAGCCUGCAGAGUGAUGGAGAGUCUAUGGGGGGAGGCAUCGAGGGCAACAUGUGGAACGACAUCUGGGAUCACAAGAUUGGGAAGUCUAACACCUCCGUGAACUCUCCACUGUCUCCGCCCAACAACAACUACCCAAACUUCUCUGUAGGGACAAGCUCAAGUGCUGUCCAGGACCACGAUCAAACAGAUGCCAUGCUGCCUUGUGAGUUUUGCGAAGAGCUGUUUCCAGAAGAGGACCUCAUUUUGCAUCAGACUGGCUGCAGUCCAGCUUCUGCCUUUGCGUCUUUCAGCAAGCAGCCCUCAUCUCCACCCAAAGAGGACAGGAUGGGCAGGAAUGCUCCAGGGCUGAUGCACGGCUUCCCUGACACUCUGGCUUCCAACAUCCCCACCUUCCCUCGCUCAGUGUCCCCGGCCUCCUACAGUCCCCCAGCCAGUCCACUAGAGGGCGAUGUGGUCAUUCCCUGUGAAUUCUGUGGCGUUGCUCUGGAAGAGGCUGUCGUCUUUCACCAUCAGGACAAAUGUGAUAUGCGUCCUCAGGCUGGCCAUCCACUGAAUAAUAUAACGAAACCAUCCAUCAAAAAACCACUAAGCCCAGCAAAAGACGCCUUUGGGCAGAUGUCUCCAGAUUUUCAGAGGACAAUAAAACACCAAGCCGACUUCCUGGAGGCGGACUUUGGAUUUGACAGGGACACAGCACCAGGACAAAACCUGAGGGGACAGCAGAGAGGCUACAUCGGCCUCCCGAGUCAAAGAAAGACGUCCAACUGUGACGUUUCUGUGAAAAACAGACCUCAGCAGGGCAGGGAAGCAGAAGGAGCUCAUUUACUGUUCUGUGACACCGACAAACCCGGUGCUGCAUCUCUAAAGGGACUUCAUCUCCCAGAAAAUAAAGAAGGGAGAGGGAACAGAAGGAAUCCAAUAGCAAAGUUACCCAAGAAGCAGAAUGAAGAGCAGCAGGAAGAGUGAGAGCUGUAACUCAUGGAGAAAUAGACAAACCAAAUCUCCUGCUCUGCUUUUCAUGUAUCUUUUUUGCACACUUUUGAAAAUGAAACCUUUACCUAUCUGAUAAGUGCCUGUGGGAGUAUCAGCAACUUACAGUUUAUAUUUUGAAGAAUUUUACUAUCAGCUCUGAAGCAAGUAAUUUGGUUUAUUCCUGCAUAUUCUGCUUUAUAUCAAGGCUUGUUACAAUUGUUUAAUUGUCUAACUUCCAGCCUUAACAGAUAAACUCUAAGAUGGAUAUAAUUUACUCUGAAUUAGAUUUUUUUGUAUUAACUCUACAAGUUGUGUCGCGGCUGAUUAAGAACGCCGAGAACAUCAAAGACAGACACAUGACUUUGUCGGUGUGCAUUUGUCGAACUUAAUCUUUACCUUGUUACUUCAGCCAAGGACGUUUUGUUUUCACCUCUGUUCUCCAGUUACUUCAGAGUAUUCCUCAGUGUUCCCAUCGGUUUCUGCAUCUUUGUGUAACCUAAAGCACUUUGAUAGAUUAUUUUGUUAAAAAAAGGGCUUGUGGAACAGAUUUGAUAAGUUUAUGCAUCUCUGACCGAGAACAGAUUAACGGUAUUAUUGAACAUUUGUCUUUUUAUACUGUUGAACAUUUGUCUUUAAUAAUUUGUCUGUAACUACUCAAUAAUAUUUAGAUUUUUUUAAAAUUGUACCUACAUAUCUAUAUAUGUGAUGUUAUGUUGAGAUGUUCUUUGGAGCCUGUCUCCUGUCUAAUGUUCCUCUCAGUAGUAUGACAAACUUUUGUUUUGCUCCUCUGAAUAAGAUUUAAGAUUGAUAAGAUGUAUUUUGUGUGUAACAUAUAGGGUCCACUUUAGAAAUACAUAUAAACUAGGCAAUCACAGAUGGUUGAGUCUGCAGUGUUUGCUUUUCUGACCAACAACCUCAAGUAGAGAGCAGCAGCUGAGUAGUGAAAUCACCUGAUGUGGUGUUUAGUUGGACUUCAGGCACACAGCUGACUCCUCCUGUUUCAGAACAACUGUCUUGAUGCUCCCACUCUUGUGUGAUUAUUAAAUGUUUUAAUGAGGGUA